AUGGCUGGACCGCGGCUCGCCAAGCCUGCGUCGACUUCGACACGCGCCGACGACCGUCAGCAGCAACAGGCAGAGGAGAACAUGUCCAGGCCCCAAGAGCGCGCGGGAGUUCACAUGCGGAUCCCGUUCCCGAGCAGAGCCAAGAAGGUCGCGGGCUCCGUGACCGACAGCCUCGACCACCCGGCGCCCACCGCCAAGCCCCCGCCAAUUGGGGGCAAGUUCCUGGGUCGACAGGCCAGUCGGACGGUGGCGUCGGAGUCCUCGAGCUCGAGCUCGCGCACGACAUCGGCCUUGGCGUCCUUGACGCGCUUUCAUUCGCGUCCCACCAGCCACUCGACAGCCAGUAGCGGCUCCGUCCGCGAGAGGAACAACGACGAGCUGGACGUCGCGAACAACUUGUCGUCGAAUCUGCCGUCCAUCGGCAGCAGCGAACUGCCGAGACUCGCGCCCAAUGUCGGCCCGUCGACGAGCAACAUGACCACUAGCAAUAUUGUCGCGUCGCAGGCGACUUCCUCGACACCGACGAUCUCGUACCCGGCGCGCGUAAGCAGCAGCGGGAGGACGUCGCCUAGGAACGACCUGGCCAGGAAGAAACCUCCGCGGGGGCUUGUGGGACUGCAGAACCUCGGCAACACUUGCUUCAUGAAUAGUUGUCUGCAGUGCGUGAGCAACCUCCCUGCGAUUGUCCGGUAUUUCCACCCGGGUCUCUUUGCGCGUGAGAUUAACGAGUCGAGUCCAACGAAGGGGGCGCUUGCGAACGCGUUUGGAGACCUUAUCAAGGCUCUGUGGACUGGGGACAAAUUCACCGCCACUCGACCAGUCGAGCUGAAGCGGGUGAUCGGCAAGGUGGCGUCUCGCUUCACGGGCUACGACCAACAAGACGCGCAGGAAUUCUUACGCUUCUUGCUCGACGGCCUGCACGAGGAUCUCAACCGCGUGAAGAAGAAGCCGGCGUACUACGAGAUCAAAGACCGCCCCGACGCCAAAGACCGCGACGUCUCCGACGAGUACUGGAAGUUUUACCUGGAGCGGAAUGCCAGCGCACUGUCAGAGCUUUUCUGCGGCCAAUUACGGUCCGAAAUCCGCUGCGAGACUUGUAAUCACCGAUCUCUGUGCUUCGACGUGUUCUGGGAUCUGUCGCUGCCCGUACCCAAGAAAUCCAGCAAGAGCAGCGCCUCAAGUCACCUGCGGAUCUCCAGCAGCUUCUUCUCAGGCGGUAGAACCACCUCAGCAUCAACUGACUCAUCAAGCAGCAGCUCAAGUCCCGGUGCCGGAGGUAUGUCGAUCCACGACUGUCUCAAGGCUUACACGGAGCAGGAGUUCCUCAGCGACGACGCUGCGUACUACUGCUCCAAGUGCAAAACGCAUCGGUCCGCUGCCAAGAAGAUUUCGGUCUAUCGGCUACCAAACGUUUUGGUCUUGCACCUCAAGCGCUUCUCCUUCUCAACGUUCAGUCGAGACAAGGUGAGCACGAGCAUCAGCUUCCCUGCGCAGAGUCUCGACUUGGCGGAGUACUGCUCCAGCGAUGCAGUCGUCGACGGCAGCACGCUUUACGAUCUUACGGGUAUCGUACAUCACAUGGGCUCGCUGAACGGCGGCCACUACACGGCCGAGUGCUUGAACGCGGACAUGCAGGAGUGGUUCGACUUCAACGACUCGUCCGUCACGGCCAUCAAGAAGCCGGAGCUGUAUAGUUCGAGCGCCUACAUGCUCUUCUACCAGCGGCGAGAAGAGAAGUCGCUCACAAUUUGA